GAGCUUUCCAAUUUUCCAUUCAAACAAAAUAAAUAUCCAUCCUUUUCCACAGAUAAAGGAAACUCUUGGUGGGGGCUUCUGGGAUUUUGCUUUUUGUAUUCCUAAAUCCAAUAAACACCCAAAGAAGCCGCGUCUUUGAAUUAUUUAUAGAGAUCGAUCAGAAAUCAAGGAAACAGGGUGACCUGAGAAAAGGGUAGGUUUGUGAUUUGGGGGUUAUUGAAAUAAAAUGGCGAAUCUGUAUGUGAAAGCGGCACCACCGGCUGAUCUGAACCGGAACACCGAGUGGUUCAUGUACCCAGGGGUAUGGACUACCUAUAUUCUAAUCCUCUUCUUCGCUUGGCUCCUCGUUCUCUCAAUCUUCGGUUGCUCUCCUGGCAUGGCCUGGACCGUUGUCAAUCUCUCUCACUUCCUCGUGACAUACCACUUCUUUCACUGGAAGAAAGGAACCCCAUUUGCUGAUGAUCAAGGGAUUUACAAUGGCUUGACUUGGUGGGAGCAGAUAGACAAUGGAAAGCAACUCACACGCAAUAGGAAGUUUCUUACUGUUGUACCUGUUGUGCUGUACUUGAUAGCAUCGCAUACAACCGACUACCAACAUCCUAUGCUCUUUCUGAACACGCUUGCAGUCCUUGUGCUCGUCAUUGCUAAGUUCCCCAACAUGCACAAGGUCCGGAUCUUUGGAAUCAAUGCAGAUAAGUGAGGGAUUGUGGUC